UAAUAUAUAUAUAAUUUCCAUAAAAGUAUUCUGUAGUAAUUUUGAAGGUUGCAUUGUGUGCAUGAACAGCCCAUAUUGGGGGCAAACAGACAUUGAAUAUUUUUGAAACAAUUUAGUGUAUGACAGCCAUCUUUACAAAUGGCCACCAUGUUGGAUUUUUAUCUUGUAGCCAUUAAACUAUUGUUUAUCUUUAAGCGUUUAAACUUUAUUAAUCUUUUCGGAAAGAGGGGAUCUUAGGUAUAUUCAUGCCAAAUUUGGUGCUUGUACCAUAAAAUGCACGAUUUGUCUGAAACACCAACCUAACCAGCUCCGCUAUAUGCCAACAUGUCUAAAAAUGAAAAUUAAACGACAUGAAAAAGGUUCUGAAAAGAUUUAACAUGUGAUUUGGAGAUUUGAUUGAAUUUAAAAGGAAACAUAUUUGCUGUAAAAGCUGCAUCCCUGCAUUGUUUUUAUUCAAAUCGAUUUUACUCCACACGGUCAUCGCAGGAUGUCACUCUGCGUUGUACCUCUUUGUGGUGUCACAGAUUACUAUAGCAACGUAUUUAGAAAUAAGCAGACUGCCAGGUGACACAGGGACGUCAAAGCGCAAACUUGUUCUCCUCCUUUUUCGGUUUUCUUGAAAAAAGUCUUGUUUUGUCAAAAUCGCGAAAAGAAACAAUGAUGGAAAAUUCAGCCGAUCUCAGCUCAACCAGUGAAGAACAUGUCAGCUGUGUGUUCCAUCAACCCCCAUCCUUUUCAAAAGAUGAUGGGACCACAUCAAGGAAAAAAAAAAGGUCUACUGAAGAGGAGCCUGAUGGGAAAAAGAAGAGGCUCUCUCUGCCCAGCAGCCAAGAACCAGAGUCAAAUGAUGCCUCUGACAGCGGUGGUAGCAGUUCUCCAGAGGAGAGAAUAUCUUUAAAAGAAACCACCUUCUCUCCAAAGACUACUUUUGAGAAACCAGAGAUCAGCAAUGGAGACACAUUUGAAGUAAAGUACAAGAAGGAGGGCCUGCUGGGAGAAGGAGGCUGUGGCUCUGUUUAUGCCGGCCAUCGCGUUGCUGAUGGGUUACCAGUCGCAAUCAAAUACAUUUCAUCUGAGAACAUGUGCUUCAGAGAACCAGCCGAUGAUGGAAAGCAGCUCCCAGCUGAAGUAGCCAUCAUGCUUAAAGUGGCUGAUGGAAGAGAUGGACAUGUGGGAACCACAGCUGCUGUGACUCUUCUGGAUUUCUAUGACCUGGAAAACCAGCUGAUCAUAGUUAUGGAGAGACCGACCCCUGCUGAGUGUCUGUUUACGUACAAAAAAAAGAAAAGCAGGAUUGAGGAGGAAGAGACCAAGAUUAUUCUGAAGCAGCUUGUCCAGGCUGCAAAAGAGCUGGAGGACAAACACAUCUUUCACCGGGACAUUAAGAUGGAAAACAUCCUGAUCGAGACCAACUCCAACGUCCCUCGUGCUCGCCUAAUCGACUUUGGACUCAGCUGUUUGACAGAGAAGGAUGCUCAUCACACAAUGUUCUUUGGAACAGUUGCUCACAUCCCCCCAGAGUUUGACCAAACUGGCUCGUAUUCAGCCGGGCCCACCACGGUGUGGCAGCUGGGAGUAUUGACCUAUGAAGUUCUCCACAAACGUUUCUUCUCAACAAGUUCAUUUCUCAGGAAGAAAUUAGGAAUCAGCCGGGAGCUGUCUAGAGAUUGCAGGAACUUCCUGAGAAGCUGUUUGGCUCCUCUCCCAGAGACCAGACCCACAUUGGAGGAGCUUCUUUGUCAUCCGUGGUUAAGAAGAUGAAAAGAUCUAGAUUCAGAGAAACACUCAGCAUUUGUGAGAAAGCUACACUUUGAAAAGAAGGACAGUUUCUGCCCCCAAGCCCGGUCUCCAGCAUCUUGGGUCCUUCACCACCAGUUCCUGACAUUUAGAAGUCUCCAUAGAGGUUCCUUUCAGCUACGUUGAAAGUCAUGCCGGAUCCAGCCAUCCAUUCCUGAGGAGGAACACCAGAAUCAUACCUCAAGUCUUCUCUUUCUGUGGAGGAUCGUUGGGGUCGCUCCUCUUCAUGUGCCCCGUCCCUGAGGAGGGGUUCUCCAUGUAACCCCCUCUGCUACAGAAACCUGAUCUUUUCUAUCAUGAUAUUUGGUGUAGAGUUGUGUAUUGUGGUGUAGUGCAUUGUGGUGUAGUAUAUUGUGAUGUAGUGUAGUGUUUUGUAGUACAUUGUACUUAAGUUUAGUGUUUUAGUGUAAUACUUUGGUGCAGUACUUUAGUUUAGUACUUUAAUGUAGCAUUUUAGUUUAGUGUUUUAGCGUAUAGCUCUUCAGUGGAGUAAUUUAGUUUAGUAUUUAAGAGUAGCUCUACAGUGAAGUACUUUAGUUUAGUAAUUUAAUGUAGUAUUUUAGUUUAGUAUUUUAGUGUAGCUCCUCAGUGCAGUACGUUAGUACUUUAAUGUAGUAUUUUAGUUUUGAAUUUUACAGUAGCUUUUCAGUGCAGUACUUUAGUUUAGGACUUUAAUUUAGUAUUUUUAGUGUAGCUCCUCAGUGCAGUAUUGCAGUCUGGUUGAUUUUCAGUCCAGAUAAACUGAUAAAGAAGA